CCGCCUCCGCCCCUGCCGACGGCGCCUUCCCAGACUCCUCUCCGGGUAAACAGCGAUGGCCGCAGAUGAAGGAGGCGGAGAACAGGAUAACAACAUGGGAAACCACUUGCAGAUCCUCCCUGCCGAGAGUGAGGAAGAGGAUGAUGUUGAAAUGGAAGUUGAAGAUCAAGAUGCUGCGGAUGCUGAAAAGCCAAACAUCAUUAAUUUUGACACUAGCCUGCCAACCUCUCAUGUGUAUUUAGGAUCAGACAUGGAAGAAUUUCAUGGAAGGACUGUCCAUGAUGAUGAUAGCUGUCAAACGAUUCCAGUUUUACCCCAUGUUAUGGUAAUGCUGAUUCCUGGGCAAACAUUACCUCUUCAGCUUUUUCGUCCCCAAGAGGUUAGCAUGGUUCGGAACUUAAUACAAAGAGACAGAACCUUUGCUGUUCUUGCAUACAGCAACAUACUUGAAAGAGAAGCACAUUUUGGAACAACAGCUGAAAUUUAUGCCUAUCGAGAAGAACAGAAAUAUGGAAUUGAGACCGUCAAAGUAAAAGCUGUGGGAAGGCAGCGGUUUAAAGUACUUGAGCUAAGAACUCAAGCUGAUGGCCUACAGCAGGCCAAAGUACAAAUCCUUCCUGAGCAGGUGCUUCCUUCAACUAUGGCCGCAGUGCAGCUGGAAUCCCGCAGCAGAUGUCACUUUUUUCCUUCUCCUAAGCCUGCAACAUGGCAGGUUCACCAGAUACAUCAAUGGCGACAGAAAUACCAAAAGCGCAAGUUUCACUGUGCUAGUAUGACUUCCUGGCCAUCGUGGUUGUAUUCUUUAUACGAUGCUGAAACCUUGAUGGAACGAGUCAAGCAACAGCUUCAUGAGUGGGAUGAAAAUCUUAAAGAUGAAUCACUUCCAGAAAACCCAAUAGAUUUUUCAUAUAGAGUUGCAGCAUGCCUACCCAUUGAUGAUGUUUUGCGAAUUCAGCUGCUUAAAAUUGGUAGUGCUGUUCAGAGACUGCGCUGUGAAUUAGAUAUUAUGAACAAAUGUACCUCUCUUUGCUGUAAGCAUUGCCAAGAUACAGAAAUAACUACUAAAAAUGAAAUAUUCAGUUUGUCCCUAUGUGGACCUAUGGCAGCCUAUGUGAAUCCUCACGGCUAUGUGCACGAGACCCUUACUGUCUACAAGGCCUGCAAUCUGAAUCUGAAUGGCAGAUCUUCCACAGACCACAGCUGGUUUCCUGGAUACGCAUGGACUAUAGCUCAGUGUAAGAUUUGUGGAAGCCAUAUGGGUUGGAAGUUUACUGCCAUCAAGAGUGAGUUGUCGCCUCAAAAAUUCUGGGGAUUGACCCGUUCUGCCCUGCUGCCAAGAAUUCCAGAAAAAGAAAACGAAUCUGGGCAAGAAAGAUCUCUAUUGCUUUGCCUUUGAUCUGGGCACCUUUGCACAGAACAAACUAAAAGCAGUUUGUGUCUCGAAGAGAAAAGUAUUAAAUUCCGCCUCUGGAAUCUAUCUGGUCGUAUAUUUGAACUUCACGAAAAAGGCACUGUUGUUUCUGAAGGCCCUGAAAAAAAUUAAUAUUUUGAAGAUGUACAGAAUGCGAAACGGAACACGAGAAAACAGAUGAUUUCAUGUUUUCCCGGCAUGUGCCGAAUUGAACAGCUCGGAUUUACAGAUGCUCUUUAAUAAUGUAAGAAGACAGGAGCUAAAAGCUGAGUAGAAGUGACACGAAGACUGUAUAACUUAAAAGUGUGCGUAAUGAUAGCUAUAACCUAUUGCCCGCUGUUUUAAGGUAUUUUCCUGUAGAUUGUGGUGAAUUUACUAGAAUACCUGUUUGCUACCUGUAUGAAAUAGUUUACAGGUACUGCAUUUGCUUCAAUAAGCCUUAAAAAGACAAGGAGACCCAGUCUUCUCAAAGGAGCUACUGUAGAAGCACGCAUUGAAGCCUGCUGCUCAGAUAAUCUACGGAAUGCAGCUCUUGGUUAAAACAAAAUCCAGCCAGGCCGUUUGUGUUUGCUUUAUCACCUUUACAGGAUUUUCACUCCAUUUGGCAUUUUCAGACUUCCUUUUAAAAAAAAACUGGGAUGUAGGCUAGUUGUUUAUGCCUCUAGCAGCAUAAUAAAGGGUAUGAUUUUUCAAGAUCGAAUCUCUCCAGUACAUUUCAGUUAAUCAUAUCGCACACGUUUGUAAUUAAACAUUUUGAAGCAUUAUGUAUCUUUUUACAUGUCUAGGGACUUGGCAUCGCAGUUGUUCAUAAACUAUAUAUUUGGUAUUGGAAAGCUGCAGACAGCUUACUAUUCUUUGUAAUUUCUUAUCUGAACCUUAGGGAUUGUGCAGGUAAUAAUGCUUCCGAUAGAAACUUCUUGUUUUCAGGAGAUAUUAUAAGAAAUAGGUACCAAAAAAGAAAGAAUAAAGAUUUAAUAUGUUGUUUUUUCCAGAAUGCACUUCAGUAAAUCCACAGGUAUCAGAUUCGUUUCAUAGAAAUAUGUAGUGAGCUUGUUAAUAAUAUGUGUUGAAUUACCUUGCUGAAAUAAAAACUUUGCUGAAA